AUGGUCAAGACCUUCGAGUGCUGCAACAGCCACGGCCGCCAGGUGGAGACGCCCUCCCACGACGUGACCGACACCUUCAGAGAGGUGGUCUUCUUCUCCCAGAUCAUCAUCCCCUUCUUCGUCCUGGUGUACUGCACCAGCCGCAUCGUGAGCCGCCUGAGGAGGAAGACCAUCGGGGACAAGACCAAGCUGCGGCGGGCCGUGUUCGUGGUCACCUCGGUGGUCGUGGUGUUCUCCGUCUGCUUCCUGCCGUGCGCCGUGGCCCGGGCGGCGCUCCUGGCCGUGCGUCUGAAGGGCUGGGAGGAGGCGGAGAAGGUGGCGGUGCAGGUUUACGACAGCCUGAUGGUGCUCUCCUACACCGACUGCCUGCUGGACCCGCUGGUCUACUGCUUCUGCCACUCCGGGUUUAAGGACGCCUACGUCUCCGCCUUCUGCCCGCCGUUCCUCCAGAGGAGGCUGCUGAGCGCCGACUUCGGGCUGGGGACCAACACCACCACCACCAUCACGACCAACACCACCUCUGCCGUUAAAAUCACCCCCUUGCAGAACCCGGAGAAGUGA